GAAAGAUCAAGGUUUUUCCCUUCGUUGAGAGGAAGUUGAAUUGCCAGGACACAAACGGGAAAGAGUCGUCGACAGAGAGAGGUAUAACAGAGGUUUUUCAGAAGUGAGUUCGGCGUGAUACGGCGUAGUGCACGCGUCGAUUGUUGAGUUAUAAAGGAAGCGCGCGCCUGGUCCCCUCGCUACUUCACUCAUCCGUUCGCUUUCAAAAAGAGAGAACCCUAGGAGAGGGAUUAAAAUACGGUGAGCUUCCCAACGAGACAGUCGUGACCAGUUGACCGAUACGUAUGGCUGUGCUCUCAGUUAUCAAAGGAUUGUGAUGGGUGAUUUCGGCUAUUUCUGUGGAUUUUUUCGGUGAUUCGGUUGUGGCGGUAAAAUGGAGGGAUAAGUUUCAACUUGGUGUCACAUGCCGAAAUAUCGAGGUCUUGUCAAGAAAUUCUGCCAUGAGAGGCAACUGAGAGAAGUAAAUCAUCAUUUGUAGAGGAGCUAAUCACGGACAAUUACCGAAACAAAAAUGAAGUUGUCGUACACAUCAAAUAGAUUUCCUCCAACGCAGCAUACACGCUAUCGUAGCAGUUGGGGUCCAUCCUCAGUCUCAGCAUUUUCACGUGCCGACAUACCACGUCCCUCACCCGAAGAACAAGAGUUUCAGUUCUAUCAUGAGCGCCUUCAUUCAGCUCAGAGCCGUCAGCUGAUCCCGCUCCAGGAGGAUUUGGCCGAUUGGAUCAACAAGACGAUAAAUGUCGAUCAUAUAACUGGUGAGAAUUUCUUCGAUGUUUUGGAUAAUGGCGUGAUAGUCUGUCGCUUGGCUCGUGUUAUCCAGGAAAAAGCACGAGCUGCUAUCGAUGCAGGACGCGCCAAGGGGCCCAUCCCCGUGAUACGUGGAAGAUGCUGGGAGAAUGCAGCGAGACGCAGCUUUUUUUCAAGGGAUAAUAUGGAGAAUUUUAUACAAUUUUGUAGACGCCUUGGGGUACAUGAAAAUCUGCUGUUCGAGAGCGACGAUCUUGUGCUCCAUGGACAGCCACGUAAUGUGGUGCUGUGUCUGCUGGAGGUCGCCCGAUUGGCCUCAAAGUAUUCCUUAGAACCACCUGGACUCGUUCAGCUUGAACGGGAAAUCGCUGCUGAACAGGAGAGAGAUCUACAUUGUAUGUCUGACAGUGGUAUAUCUCAUAGCAGUCUUGUCUCAUGGCAAUUCCAGCCUCCAUCGCCCACGCCGUCUCCAAGACCUUCAAAUGAGAUAAUGAAGCACAGCAGUUCGGCAUCAGAAGUAACUGCAUCGAGAUGGCUCGACGCCUCACCGACCACGCCUAUCGAGACAGAUAUGCGUAGAUCUGUGAGUGAUAAUGGACCCACGGGCAGCGACGGUGUACCCAGUGAUACGACAGAGGACGACUGGUCACGGGGUAGUGCCGAGGAUCCUGAUGAGGUAUCACCGGUGAGCUCACCAUCACCCGCUGAACCCCCCGAGCACGUUGGACCAGUAACCGAACUCGAUCGAAAGGUGCGACGUGUAGCCGAGCAGGUUCAAAGACUAUGUCAAUGUUCACACGAGAAAUGCUCGAGAUUGAAAGUGCGAAAAGUUGGAGAGGGACGCUAUCACAUAGCUGGUCGCAAUGUUUUCAUUAGGUUGCUGAAGGGAAGGCACAUGAUGGUGAGAGUUGGCGGUGGAUGGGAUACCUUGGAGCAUUUUUUGUCCAGGCACGAUCCAUGUCAGGUGAGGGUUCUCAGUCGUGAGAGUACACCACCACCAUCGCACAACGGCCUUAAAAGCCCAAGCUUCCUGCACAUACGCGCCAAGUACAGAAGCCCACCGUCCGAGCCAGUAUCUGGCCGCUAAUAUAAUCACUCGAGUCAUCUCAUCCACGUAAUACUCAAUGCACAGUGCCUCAGGAUGGGGAUUUAACGUUAAACAAUAAACAUACAGUAAUAAUCAUUCGAGGGUUCAAAUUCACAGCGUUCACAAGCAUCAUUAUAUUUCGAGUAUAGAAACAAGUUUCUGUGAACGACUUGUCAUUUGUUAGUAUUAAUAUUACACUUCGUAAACUAUUUUUCAUAGCAUCAGGUUGAUAAAGGUCCAUUCGGCAAUAUAUCUCUGUUGAAUGCGAGAAUUUCAAAUGCAAUGUCUAACGUUUUUUGCCGAGACAAAUAUUUUGGAAAAAUUAAUCAGCUAUUAAUGCUCACGUGUCUUAUACGACGUUUAAGAUUCAAUCAUGUAUUCUUAGCAUUCUUCAAAGAAUUAUCGAAUUUAACGCACGGGAUAGUAAUGUAUUUAUAAGAGGGUCAAGUUGUUUUAUCAGUUAAAAAUUAUAAAUAUGACAAUUCCAUUUAGCAUUGCAACGUUAAUGGGCAAUAGACUAGUGGAGAAGACUGAGUAUUUGUAUAAUUAACAAGAAAUCUUUUUUGUAGAUAGUGAAAUCAGAUGCAAAAAUAAUCUUCUGAUCCAGCAAUUUUUUUCGGUCAUAUUGACGGAAUAAUCUACCCAUAUUCAUUGCUCAUAUGUAUAUCUUGAACAUGUUUCACGCGUAAGUUAAUCUGGAAAAAAUCAUCAAAGAACCAUUAUUUAUGCAUUUCACUUUUACCUUUUUUAAAAAGAGAAACUUUGACAUUUGCAUGCAUUUUUGAAGAUUAAAACAUUCAAUUUGACCCUCGCAGUAGCUUAAAAUGACAGUUAAAUUUCCCUAAAGCACUCGGAAAAAUGGCAAUCACAAGGUCCUGGUAGUUAACGAUUGCACUUUAGAAUCAUCGCUCUGAUACCAUAUAUACAAACGAUAUGGUAUGAAGAGGCGAUACCGGAGAGGGUUAUGGUCAAUUUUUAAGUAAACUCUAUCACUAUGAAGUCUUUUGCACUUAUCAGCACGUCAUUGAAGUCUAGUGGAGUUACUCAUUGCCUCAAACCACAAAACAAAUAUUGGCUCAGUAUUGUAAUACUUAAUGAUACUUUUUGUAUUUUUAUAUAAACCAAUAGAAUAAUGAAUUCUAAAGUUAUAAUAA